AUUAAAAACAACUAUUUGUCCAGUUUGUGAAACAACAAACGUGUUAGUUGAUUUGUCCACGGGGAGGGGGAGGGGGAAAAAAUCAUGAAUUUUCUGUCCACGUCCACGGACGGCCCCAUAUUUGGUUUAAAAACUACUAUUUUUCCACUUUAAAAAAUAACAAACCUGUUUGUUGUUUCAAACUGGACCCAUUACCUAUUCUCCGUGUGGUAUCAUCACAGUUACCAAUUCAAGCGCGUUAACCAGUAUACCAUAAUCGUUCGUGAUGUGCCCAAGACUUCCCUACAUAGCUGCUCUAACAUUCAUUCGGAAGCCUGGUACUGCUUGUACAGAGUUGCAUCUGAAUGUGUUUGUUUUUGUUGAGGCUCAGCAGGGUCCAUUGCUAAGGCCACGCUACGGUCCUAGCCCUCCUCCACUUGAUCAACCUGGAUAUCUGUUUGUAUCGCUCCACGCUUUUCCGGCUUCAAUGCUGCAGCAUUACUGCCCGCGUUCCGUUCUUCUCCUUCAAAACCAUAGAAUGCAGAGUCAUCUUCAUAUCAAUCGCUCCGUCAACCAGGGGUGGAAAUUUAUGAAGAAUGUGAGUGAGCACCACUUUGGUAUACAUACCUUCACUCGCGAACACCCUUACUGCGAAUCUUUUCACUGUUUUUCACUCGCGAGUAAAGAUGAAUACUGUUGUCCACUUAUUCACGAGUGGAGUUGUGUGACACAAUUUAUGGUGCGGAGUUCAUCACACAUCAUAAACAACAUGUAAUGAAUUAUAAACUACUCUGCGCUUAUUUUUGAAAAAAGCGUAUUUCAUUUAUAAACAUGAUCGAUCAAUCACAAAUCGAUUAAAAACCAUAGAUUCAUAAUACAUUUUUGGAUACACGAUUGAAAGUUUACUAAAUUAAUUGUUGUCAAACCUAGUAGCUUAUUUCCUUAUUUACCAUUGUCAUAGAUUGAAUGAAAACUAAAACCAAUAUUCUUUCUGUACACCGCUCUAUACACGAUGUUUUUGCAAUAGACGCUUUUGAAAUGUUACCGCAAAAAAACCAGACGCGUCAUCUGUCAAAGUGUGUUGUGUUUUGGUUGAUCGGAUUUCGCUUUUCGGAAAACAGUUUAAAUUCAGGAAAAAUGUCCGAAGAAAACGGCAAACAAAGUGUAAGUGAUAAUCCGGCGAGGAAAGAAAACCACCCCGGCGUAGUGGCCACCGAACCAUAUGUGACACCGAAAAAGGUAGACAAUCGGAAGCGUAGCUACGAUGGGAGAGGCUCAAAAAUCGCAAUCGUCAAAAGCUGCACACAAGAGCUACUCCUGAACGGAGAAAGUGUGACCCGUUGCAUAUUGGAGGACGGCUGCGAUUACAUCCAAAAGGUGUUCAGACAAUCCAAUUUUGAGAGGCACUUCCGGUUAUGUCAUCCAGUGGCAUUUGACGUUUUGGGUAUUGGGCCUCCUUCUGAAAAAAGCAGCAGCCCCAAUACUGAACCUGCCAUAUCCAUUCGCAUGACGGUUCAGCGGCUCCUGGGAGGAAUAGUCAAGUUGGUGACCGUUCAUGGUCUACCAUUUGAAGCAAUGGAGUGGGAAGGAUUUACAGAAGUGGUAGGUCCAUUGUUGAAGGCGUAUAAUUUGACUAUAAACCGCCACAACAUAACGGCAAAAGCCGCAGAAGGAGUCAACUGGAUGAUUAGCCAGGAGGUCAACGGAAGGAUGAUUUCACUCAAGAUGGAUAUUGUGUCCAAAAUGUAUAGGAGCAUGCUCGGUAUCAACUGUCAAUACAUCAAUAACAGCGGCGUUGUUACCAAGAGGAAUCUAGGCAUCAUAGAGCUCCACAAUCGCCACACAAGCCAAAAUCUGAAAGAAGAGCUGCAUAAGGUACUGAAGUCUUUUGCUGUCAACGUUGGACAACUAACAGCUAUAACAAUUGACAACGCAUCCAACAUGGUAAAGCUUGUGAAACUGAUGUCAGACGAAAGCGGAAGUACCUCUGAACUGUAUGAUUCGGAAAACGAAGAAGUUAACUCGGUGAACGAAGUUGAAGCAGACGAUUUCGAAGGUCUUGAACACGACUCCCCCGAAAAACCUGCUGUGCAAGAGUGGGUACGUGUUCUGGAAGAUUUCGCCCCGGAUGAAUCUAUAACUGCCGUCCGCUGUGGAGCUCAUACUACGCAGCUUGUGGUUCAUGAUGUGUGCAAACAAAUUGAACACAAAGACGCCCUGAAAGAGAUACGAAAGACGGUGAAGAAGUUCCGCUGCACUGAAUACAAAGCCUUCUUUGACAUUAGUGAAGGGGCAGCGUAUCCAUCGUUACCAAACGAAACCCGCUGGAAUUCAGAUUACAAGAUGCAGCAAAAGUUGAGUCAAGAGAGGAUUUUUUUCGAAAAGCUUGGAAAACAGUACCCCGAUCUAGAUCUCUCCAACCACUGGGACUUCAUAGAAGAGUAUGUUACAGCCUUCGAAGCAUUGUAUCAUUGUACAAUAGCCGUUCAAAAACUGGAUACCACUCUUUCGGACUUUUUCAUCGAGUGUAUUCGAGCGUACGGCAGAAUUUGGGAGAUUGAUGAGACAAAUCGGUUUAAGCAGCAGCUUAUUACGGCCAUGGAAAAUCGACAGCAAAAACUGUUUUGCAAUCGGGUCUUUCGAACUGCCGUAUAUUUUGACCCCCGUUUGAAUUUCAACGGUUCAAGCUUGCUUUCGCAAGCGCAGAAAGAAGAUGCAGUGCGAUUUUGCCUACAGAUGUGGACCCGAAUUAAAAGCGAAACCAAAUGUAGCGAGAAUGGAUCUGACGAGAACGAUUCAGCGAUAGCAAACACCAAGAAUACACCAACAACAGAUAGCCCAUCGUGCAGUAAAUUCAGCCUCAACCACUAUCUCACGCGUACCAUUGGCUCGGGCUCCCCUCAAACAGUGCAAUUAACUUCCUUGGAGCAAAGGAUACGAGCUGUACAAUAUCAAAAGAGGAUUGAUGCCGAUGCACCGUUCAGUACAAUACAGUACUGGGCAGCCAAACGAUUCGAGGAUCCACAAGUAUGGGAAAUUGCGAAAGUGGUACUGGGUGUGCCAGGAACACAAUGCUCUAUCGAAAGAGAUUUCAAUUUGUUCAACUUGACUUUAACUAAAUCACGAAGUAAACUCAGCUCUAAAUCACUCCAGGACAUUCUGACAGUCAGAACCAACAAAAAUCUAGUGAAACCAGGAUUGGCGUAUAUGCUUGCCAAAGAUAAGCAGACAUUAGAGGAGCUCACAACUGCUACAUAAUGAUUAUUCAAAUUGAAAGCAUUUGAAAGAAAAAUCGGAAGUGGAUUAGUGGCACAAAUGAAAAAUAGAUAACAUAGAGUAGGAUCAAACAGUAAAAGGACAAAGCGCAUUGCAAUUAUUGAUUGAUAUUUUUUGAGAGAGAUAAGAUAAAAGUUAUAUACAAUGAAUAAAACGAAACAAUGUUUGUAGUGUAAAAUUAUUACCUACACACCAAAUUUUUAUUGCUGGAAAUCAGCAAAAUUUUGCUGAUUUUUUUUGUGCUGUAAGUUCAGCAACUCUUCCAGCAAACUAGAACUUGCUGAACAACCAGCAACGCCAAAUUCCAGAAAAGUGACAGCACGUUUGCUGAGCGAUCAGCAAUAUGAAACUCGACUUUGCUGGUUCACCAGCAAUCGUCGCUAGGGUUUAUUUUUAUUGUUUUUCGAUAUUAAAUGAUUACUCCGCUUAAAAAAUAAGGCGGAGACGGGUCUUCUCUCGCUAAAAGACACAAGCAAUUCAGAUUUUUAUUAUGUUUGCAGAUCUUUAUAAUCAAUAAAUCAAUCAAUAUACGAAGCGGAGUUACACACUUGCCGUUUUUCGCAACAUCCGAUCCCAUGGGUAUGCUGCUGCAGCUCUAAAAGUAGAAAGGAAAAAUUUACAACAAUUUCGUGUUUUCUAUAUAAUUCUAUAAAUCUAUACUUACUGAACAGCUCUUCCGUAAUCAUUUCUUUUCUUUACACGGUUGGAGUUAUAUUUUUUUGAAAAAAAAACAAGGUAAAAAUGAUAAAAAAUAGCACUUUUGAAAACACACGACGAAUAAUUGAAGAGAUUUUUUUUUCUAAGUCCGUUGUUGACAGUUCGAGUGGAUUGCUGGUUUUCAGCAAAAAUGUGAUUGCUGAUAUAUGUUCAGCAAUAAUUUUUACUGAUUUGCGGUGAAAUUUUAAAUCCAUUGCUGAUUUGAAAUGUUUUGACAUUUGCAGUACUG